AGCAGACUCCUGUUAAGGUGACAUGAGAGGUUUCUGAAAAUCUCUGUCGGGAUUCUCCUUUGGAUAUUUUUAUAUUGAACACAUCAUACAAAGAAGAAUAUUGAUUAUGGUGCAUCAUGUGACCAUGUGCAGAACUACUUAAAAGGAAUUACUCGAUGUCAACACAAAUUUUAGGAGAGAUCUAAUUUAUAGUUUUCAAACUCUUAUGCUAAGUUAACCACUUUCGUCUGGAGAUAUAUAACAGAUUCGACCCAAAAUGGAUGACCCUUACCACAACAAUAUAAACCAGCAGGGAGAAACGUACCCCACACAUGGAACAGGAGGAAAUGAUGGUUACCCCUAUCAGACGGACUACCCUCCUCAAGAGGAAGAUGCUGCUAGUGAUGCCACUGAGGGUCACGAUGAAGAUGAUCAGAUGUAUGACGGUGAGUAUCAGGGCAUCCCCCAUCCGGAUGAGAUCAAAGAGGCCAGGAGAGCCGCCCGAAGGGAAGCGAGAAUGAAGGCCAGGAGGGCUGCCGAGGCAGAAGAGGAGACAUUGGCGGAACAAUACGAGACCAUCAUGGAAGACUGCGGUCACGGGCGCUUCCAGUGGACUUUGUUCACGGUACUGGGCCUGGCCCUCAUGGCUGAUGGGGUGGAGUGCUUUGUAGUGAGUUUUGCAUUGCCCAGCGCUGAGAAGGACAUGUGCCUCUCCAAUGCAGAUAAAGGCAUGCUUGGUCUGAUAGUGUAUGUUGGCAUGAUGUUUGGCGCUGUGGUGUGGGGCGGGCUGGCUGAUAAACUGGGUCGACGGCAGUGUUUACUCUACGCUCUGGCCAUCAACAGCAUAUUUUCCUUCCUGUCCUGUUUCGUCCAGAGCUAUGGCUUCUUUAUCUUCUUCAGACUCUGUUCAGGAAUCGGAAUUGGAGGGUCCAUCCCUGUGGUGUACACAUACUUCGCUGAGUUCCUGCAGAUGGAUAAGAGAGGAGAACAUCUCAGCUGGCUCUGUCUGUUCUGGAUGAUGGGGGGGCUUUACGCUUCCUUCACCGCUUGGGGAAUCAUCCCACAUUAUGGUUGGGGCUUCAGUAUGGGGACAGAGUUCCAGUUCCACAGCUGGAGGGUGUUUGUGCUGGUUUGUUUUCUUCCAUCUCUGGCUGCUUUCGCUGGGCUUGUGUUCAUGCCAGAAAGUCCCCGUUUUCUCCUGGAGAAUGCGAGACACGACGAAGCCUGGAUGAUCCUCAGGCGGGUCCAUGACACCAACUGGAGAGCAAAAGGAGAACCAGAGAGAGUUUUUCAAGUCUCUCAACUCAAAACACCUCACACUCAAGAUGAUGAGUUCAUAGAGAUUCAGAGCGAAACUGCCACUGCUUUCCAAAGAUUCAUGGUCAGACAUAUGACUCUGGUCAAACAGGUCAUAAAGAACAUGAUGUCUCUAGCUUCGCCAGAUCUCAGACUUCAUGGCUUGUUUAUUGCAAUUGUGUGGUUCACUAUGGCAUUCAGCUAUUAUGGGCUGGGAAUUUGGUUUCCUGACCAAAUCAAGUACCUUCAGUUUGAGGAAUACGAGUCUAACGUCAAGGUCUUCCAUCGUGAGAAAGUGGAACGAUUUCAUUUUAACUUCACUCUGCAGAAUCAGGUUCACAAAGAGGGGGAGUACAUUCACGACAGGUUUGUCAACAUAGAAAUAAAAAAUGUGAAGUUCGAGGACUCUCUCUUUGAGAACUGUUAUUUCGAGGACAUCAAAUCAACAGAAACCUUCUUUGAGAACUGCACCCUUAAAAACACGGUCUUCUACAAUACUGAUCUGUGGGAGGAUUCAAAGUUCAUUGACUGUAAGAUGAAAAACACAACAUUUUUGCACCCCAAGAAAGGCUGUCAUCUAAACUUCCAGGAGGAAAAUGACAUCUUGAUCUAUCUAGUCAGUUUCCUCGGCAGUUUGUCCGUGUUACCAGGCAAUAUUCUGGCAGGUUUAUUAAUGGAUAAAAUAGGGAGGAUUAAAAUUAUAGGAGGAUCUAUGCUGGUCUCUGCUGGCUGCACGUUCUUAUUGUUCCUGUGCUUUAAUCAAGGCUCCGUUAUUACCUUCCAGUGCAUCUAUUUUGCCGCCUGUGCAGCCGCUUGGAACGGCAUUGAUGUGAUCACAGUUGAGCUUUAUCCAGCCUCGAAAAGGGCCACGGCGUUCGGCGUGCUGAACGGCAUCAGCAAACUGGCAGCUAUCAUCAGCACUUUUAUCUUUGGCAAGUUUAUCAGCAUCACUAAGAUCAUCCCCAUCAUCCUGUCAUUCUCAGCGCUGGUUUGUGGAGGAUUGCUGGCGUUUAAAUUGCCUGAGACCCGGGAGCACAUCCUUCAAUAAUAAAGCCAAAUUCAUCAAACAGCCUUGUACCAGCAUCUUCUCCAGCUGGAAACUACAUGUCCUUAUGUUCAGACUUCAAGAACAGUGACAGCAAAAGGGCUGAACUAUAUAAUGUUGAUAUGGUAUCACAUUUUAACUAUUUUCCCAAAGAAUUAGUUUUAUUGUUUGUUAAAAUGUUCAAAAUGGCUACAUUUGAUGUAUUAAAUUUUGAUAUCAAAAUUUAUGUUGGAGCGUAGUUAGGUUGAUUGUACGGUUCAGGUGUAUGCUUGUUUGGCUGUCAGAUUUCUAAUUUGUUUUAUUUCAAGUAGUGUUUUAAAUGUAAUUGAUUUAUUUUACAUGGUUUGUGAUCACAGAAAUCUAAUUUGCAAACUGUAAUCUUACAGAAAACUGUAAAAAAAUGUUGGUUCAACUUUUAAAGGUAAGUUACCUGGUUGCCUUAAAUUUAUUCAACAUAAAAAAAUUUUUACACAGUAUAUUUUUGUUAACUAAAAUUUGUAAGUUGAAUUAACUCAAAAGUUUAAUGCAAUCAUGUAACUUACUUUUUAAGUUAAACCAACAAAUAUUGUUUACAGUAAACUAUAAAAAGUAAAAUGUUGGAUAAAUCUUUAAGAUAAUAACUUUAUCCAGUUAAAUUUUUUACUUAAAAAAUGUAAGUUUAAAAUUCUAGUUUAGUAAUUUAUUUUUAAGUUGAUCCAACUCUUUACUUAUUACGAUGUUUACUUCAUCUGUUCAAUUUUGGUCAACUACUAGUUUUGGUUGUGUUGUAUUUGUUAAUGAAUGUGGUUUAUAGUACUUUCACAAUAGAUUAAUGUAUGUUUACUGUAUUUUGUUUUUGAAUUCCCAUCUUUUCAAUUAUUUGUCAAUGCCUUUUUAUUAGAACACGAUCAUAAUGUACAAGAAUACUGUUGUUUAAUUGAAGAUACUGUAGACAUUUUUAAAACUGACAUUAAAUUUGUUUAAAUUUUCAUUUCUUGUUAAAAAGAUUAGAUUGUGUGAUUUGAUUUUAUUCGUUUAUCAAAAUCUGUGAAUAGAAAACAAGAGAUAUUAUGUUUUUUCCACUUGGUUUUUGGGAAAGUCUUUUUUUUUACGAAAGACUGCAAUAGAGAAAUGUGUGAUAGACAUUAUAAGUGAAUGCAUAAGCAUGAAUGGAUAACAUUACAGAUCGACACGAGUAAAUUCUAAAGAUGAUGCUUUGAAUUACACAGCUGGUGUCAAUAGAUGUAUGUUCAUAAAAAAGAUUUUUAUAUUUUAUGUUUAUAAACUUUUUGUUUAUUCUAGUUUGUGAUGGGAUAAAAGUAAUAAAGAAAACG